AAGGCAUCUCUCUCUUUCUCUAGCAGCUAGGAAAGCUCUCGCUUUCUCAAGCAGCUAGGAAGAAGAAAUGCGACUCCACCUGGUUCGUAGUGCUCCCUCUAGGCUCUUCCAUGCCUUCCAUUCCCUCUCUAAACCCUCCUCCUCAUCUUCUUCUUCCUCUCUUCUUACCUUUCUCUCUCAUUAUCCUCUUCCUCCAAAACCCACUCAUUCUUUCCUCCCGAUUCUUCUGCAACUCGACAAAACCUUUUCAGUCCUUGUUCACAAAGACCCCACCAUUAAUGGUGCGAAGGAACCAGAGCCCAAAAUCCCCAAUCUUUCGAAGUAUAGAAGCGAAGGGGAUUACAAUGACUCAGGGCUUGUGGUUUGUCCUGGUUGCGGAGUAUACAUGCAAGAUGAAAAUCCCAAGCUCCCUGGUUUCUUCAUGAGACCCACUAAGAAGGAACCUCCAAUUCACCUGUUUGUUUCGGAAGAGGAAAUCCAUGGCAGGAGGAGCAUCCAACCUGUCUCUGAGAUGGGUAUUACUCCUCAUUUUAAUGGAGGAGAAACCCAAGAAUUGAAAGGGAAAAAAGACUGCAAUAAUUUAGAGAAACCCUUUUGUUCUGCUCUCGUUAAGGGCACAGAGUCCAAGGAACCAGAAGAGGAGAAACACUCCAAAAGGACAGAGAAACCUAUUGUCUGUGCUCGAUGCCACUCCCUUCGUCACUAUGGUAGAGUGAAGGAUGCUGCAGUCGAGAACCUGCUCCCUGACUUCGAUUUUGACCACACCAUUGGACCCAGGCUAACGAGUUUCUCAGGAAGCCGCUCUGUUGUUUUAAUGGUGGUUGAUGCUUCUGACUUCGAUGGCUCUUUCCCCAGAAAGGUCGCAAAGCUCGUCUCCUCUGCAAUUGAUGACGGCUCAACUGCAUGGAAAGAGGGGAAAUCAGGAAACGUUCCUCGAGUUGUUCUUGUGGUGACCAAGAUUGACCUCUUGCCUCCAACCCUGUCACCAACUAGGCUAGAGCACUGGGUUCGACAAAGGGCUCGGGAAGGAGGCGCCAAUAAGCUUUCGAGUGUGCACUUAGUGAGUGCGAUCAAAGACUGGGGACUCAAGAAUUUGGUUGAUGAUAUAAGGGAUCUAGCAGGUGCUCGAGGUAAUGUGUGGGCUAUUGGUGCACAAAAUGCAGGUAAAUCCACACUUAUCAAUUCAAUAGGGAGGCAUGUUAUGGGUAAAAUUACGCAUUUAACGGAAGCUCCGGUUCCUGGGACCACAUUGGGGGUGAUCAGGAUUAAGGGUAUUCUUGGCCGGGCAAAAUUGUUUGAUACGCCGGGCCUUUUGCAUCCUUACCAAAUUACUACGAGGUUGACAAGGGAGGAGCAAAAGCUGGUGCAUAUAAGCAAGGAUCUGAAACCAAGGACUUACAGAUUAAAGUCUGGUUAUUCUGUACAUAUUGCUGGAUUGAUGAGGCUUGACGUGGAGGAAACAUCAGUGGACACCAUAUAUCUUACUGUUUGGGCAUCUCCAUACCUUCCCCUUCACAUGGGGAGGGUGGAGAAUGCGAGCAACAUGUUAGAAUCCCAUUUUGGAAGCCAGUUGCAGCCUCCUAUAGGGGAGAAUCGAAUCCAGGAACUUGGUAAGUGGGUAAGGAAGGAUUUUACAAUCACUGGAAGCAGUUGGGAGGUGAGCUCGAUGGAUGUGGCUGCUGCUGGUCUUGGCUGGUUUGCAGUAGGCUUCAAGGGAGAAGCCCAUCUUGCUGUUUGGACCUAUGAAGGAGUAGAUGUUAUUCUUCGAAAUGCAUUGAUUCCCGAAAGGGCAUGCAUAUUUGAAACCACGGGUUUCACUGUCUCGAAGAUCGUGUCAAGAGCUGAUAAAGCUUCGAACAAGCAGCGUGGAAGUCUCUAAGAGAGAAUGGAACCCUAGAUAGAGAAAAACUGAUAACGGAUUUGGUUAUCAAUGCAAGGGCAUGAGUUUUUGGCUUGUGGGGCAUAGUGGUGCUUUUCCAUUGCGUCUCUCUCAACAGAUGCAACUAUCUGGCAAUACAGUAUAGAAAAACUAUAUUAAGUGCAUUACACUGUGACAUACUUUUAGCCCAUUGGCUCCUCAAGGUCUAAUGGAAGGGAUAAGUGGUGAUGGAAGAGAGAGAGAGAGAGAGAGAGAGAGGGGGGAGGGAGAGAGACAGCUGCCUAAGCAAGAUAUGGCUUCAAGGGUCUCUGUAUGGGCCAAGAUCAAGACAUGAAUUACAAGAAUGUAAAAGAACCCGUUGGAUUGCCUAUUAAGAGCUUUUGUACUUGUGCAUGCAAACCAAUAUUGAACUGGCUUUGAUUGCAGGAGUAGAUUGCCUAUGAUGGAAGGUGGGAAUCGAAAGAAAUUUGUAUUCUUCACCAAUAUAUAGCCUUUUUUGUCGUUGUUUUUGUGAAGUUAUUUCUCCAUUAUCAUGAAA